CAUUUCUUAUUGUCUUAUUACGGCGGCUUGUAGGACGCCGUCUCUGAGUGAUUGCAAGGACCUCGUGGUUGUCAAAGUGAACGGCUUCAUUAUUAACCACGAGUAAACAGACGUACCCGGAGCUCUUUGUAACUCGGAAACUCGUCAGGGCUGAACUGAACAUCUCCUACCGUUACUUAGCCGCUCGUCCGGGUAGAGUGUGCAGUUUGUAACCACCCUGAACAAACUUUAUUACAACCUUUCAACAAAACAAAGCAAAGCGGCGGGGAAGUCAGGGUCGGAGCUCUUCAUUUCACAGCCUACGUGCAGUUAGGAGGCCUUUUCUAGGAUUUGUGUCGGAAGACUUGAAAUCUCCAUCCAUCCUCCAACAUGACACGAAGAUCCUGCGCGGUCUAUGUGGUCGGGAUCAUCUGCGCCCACCUGCUGGUGAUUGGGAUUGGCUUAUUUGUGGCUCAAACUUUCCGCACUCUUAUGCACAACCGCCUCAAAAAGGAGAUUGUUUUGGUAGAGGGCAGCCGUGUGUUUGCGUCGUGGAAAACCCCUCCCCCUCCUGUCUACAUGGAGUUCUUCUUCUUCAAUGUGACCAAUGUGCAGGAGUUCCUUGAAGGGGCCAAGCCAGUGCUCGACCAGGUUGGACCCUACACAUACAGGGAGUACAGGUACAAGGACAAUGUGAGCAUGGUGGAAAAUGACACAAUGGUGUCCGCAUACAACACCAAAAGCUUUGUGUUCAUGAGGGAGAGGUCUGUGGGAGACCCAGCCGAGGAUAACAUCACCACUGUCAACAUCCCUCUUUGGGCUGUAAUGAGCAAGGCGAAAGGUUUCAUGAAGGUCACCAUGGUAAAUUUCAUGAUCAGCGCUACUGGGAGCCAGCUCUUCACUACUCGCACUGUGGAUGAAUUGCUGUGGGGUUAUGAAGAUCCCUUGCUGUCCCGUAUCUCUCAAAGCUCACCUGAAGUGGAAAAGAUCUUUGGUCUCAUGUACAAGAAAAAUGGAAGUAACGACGGGGAGUUUGUCUACCACACCGGGGUGCAGAACUACAUGGAUUAUGGACGGGUGGAAACGUGGAAAGGCCAAAGUGAGCUGACGUUCUGGUCGACUGAACAAAGCAACAGCAUCAAUGGAUCAGAUGGAAGUGCUUUCCAUCCCCUGCUGGACAAGAACGAACGCAUUUAUAUCUUCACCCCAGACCUCUGCAGGACGAUUUACAUGGAGUUUGAGAAAGAUGUGGAGGUGAACGGAAUCCCAGCGUAUCGCUUCACACCACCACGCUCUGUCCUGGCCAGCAAAGAGGAGAACCCAGCCAACGAGGGUUUCUGCGUCACCCCACAGGAGUGCCUGGGAACUGGCCUUCUUAAAGUCAGUCCCUGUCGGAAAGGUGCCCCAGUGGUCGCCUCCUUUCCUCAUUUCUACCUGGCAGAUGAUCAAUACCCGGAUGCCAUUGAAGGAAUGUCCCCUCAAAGAGAGCAUCACCAAACGUUCCUCGACCUUAACCCGACCACUGGAGUGAUUGUACGAGCAAACAAGAGAGCACAGAUUAACGUCUUGCUCAGCCGAAUGUCUGGAUUCCCGAAAACCAGAAAUUUGAAUACCGUCUUUCCUGUUAUGUUCCUCAAUGAGAGUGUGGUGAUUGAUGAUGCAUCCGCGGCAAGAGUGCAGAAGCUGCUGCUUAUCGUCACUCUAGUGUCCAACUUCCCGCUCAUCCUUGUGGGACUGGGUGUCAUCAUGCUCUUGGUCUUCAUCAUCCUGCUGUUGCGGGCCCGCAGGCAGAAGAAUGAAGUUAAACGCAUUGUGUUUACCAAGCCUACCUAUGCUACCUCUGCUGAAGACGACACCUCCUACUCUCCAGUCAAUGACAAGGAAAAGGAUGAUCCCCAAAAUGGAACCUAUAUUGGUUUGACACCUAAACCUGACCCACAAGCUUGAGAAGGAGGAAGAGGGUGGUUAGAAAGAAGCUUUGUACAUCGGCAACCUUCAGAAUUACAAAUAGAGAUUUGGAGAGAGAAAAAAUUGUGAAUAUCCUUUAUAAUUGUAAAUCUGUCUGUUUUUGAUGUUUUACUGUUGGGGGGGGGGGGGGAUUGACAGGUAGAGAAUUGAAAAACUAAAACUAAAACUAAGUACAUACAGCACAUACUGUGCUGUAUGUACUUAGUUUUACUCAUGGAGGGCUCCAGGUCUUGGGCACAGUAUACCCAGAAAAAAAGUUUGACAUUCAUUUGAAAACACUGUGUGUGUGAAGGGCUACUUCUCAACUGUUGCUGCUCACAUCAAUCACAACAGGCUGCAGGUCUGAUGGAGAGCACAAGUUGUGGUGGUCGUAAAUAAACAAAACACACCCUUCCAGCCAGAGGUGUAGAGGAUGUGGCCUCACCUCAUUCUCUGUUUGCCUACAUUAGAUUCUUCUCUUGCUUUAAACUUUAAGAUUGUAGCGAGUCAUUACUAUAUAACAGGGCAUAGAGGGUGAUUUGGGACCAGGGUUAUGAGAUCCAUAAAAUGUGAGUUUUCUGGAUAUCAUACCUCACUCUCGGGGGGGCUCUGCUAAGCUAUUAUCAAAGCAAGAUAAAAGGAGCAAAACAUACAGUAUUUAAAUCAACUCACUAUUACUUUGUCUCAUUUGCAUUUCAUCCUAAACUAAAUGUUGCAGAAUGUUUUCAUGGCUCAUUAUUACUUUCUAUUGAUAUAAUCUGUUUAGAGGGAUACCUGUGCACAUUAUUGUUACCAUACCUGAAAAACCUUCAGAGUAUGGCAUUCAUUAUAUAUACAGUAUAUAUAUAUAUGUAUAUAUAUAUAUAUAUGUAUACGGUGUAAGAUGUGUUGAACUUCUUACAUUCCUCUCAGUGUAUGAUGGGAAUGAAUAUCAGAUUUUAAAAAAACGCUGUAUAUUUUGGAUACUUUAAUUUUUGUAAUAUAAGAAGUCCUUCUCAUUUUCUUUGUAAAUGUUAAUAUAGAAAUGUUUGAAUGAAGAACAUCGUAAGUUAGAGCUUCACAAAUGUCUUCUAGUGCCAUAAUGAGCAACACUUUAAUCAACCAUCGAAAGCCCUGGGUGUGACAGGAUGUUAUGGUUGAAUUGGUGAUAGUCAUACAGUGCUGAAUUUAUGUGUUGACAGUAUUUUUUGCCCCAUCUAACUGCUUAUACUAACUCACCUCACCAUAUCAAAAUGUAAUUCAGCCUAUUAUCAUUUCAAAAUAUGCUUUUAUGAUGCUGUUGUUGAAUGCCUUACUAGUGUCUAAGUUGCUGAAUAUGACACCAACAGUGUUUAUGAGAGACUUGUCAGGGUGAACAGUCAUUACAAUUUAAAACUCAUGAUUGUUCAACAUUGAGAAAUGCUGUAGUUGUGCCUUUAAUACAAUCACUGUUACUGGAUUUGAUUUUUUUUUUUUUGCCUUUGUAGUUUUCACAUAUUUUGUGAAAAGAACGCCAUGUCAAACCAACAAAAUCUACUCUCAAGUGCCAAUUGUUUUCUUCCAGCUACCAAACAAAAAUGGGGCAUGGAACCGUUUUUGUAGUUUUUUGUAUAGCCGGCAGGGUCAAACUGCACUUUGAAUGAUAGAUUGCUGUACAGAGCUACAGCUUUCUCACUCAAGGCUGGUGAAAACAUUAGAUUUCAGGUGCCAUUUAAUGCUGCAGAAUUACUACAUUUGAGCUGUGAUGAGCCCAGCUUUUAUUACUGCUCUUGUUCUUUAGUUGUAACAUUUUAAGGAUGAAUGAGUUACUUCACACUCAGUCUUUAUUACAUGCACUGUAAUAAUCAGCACUGACUAUAUCAGACAAUAGUGGAGAAGCAGUAACAUGUUUCACAUAGAGAUUUUUUUUUUUUUUUGCUUCCUCGUGUGAUUUUACUGUUUUUGUUUGAUGUAAACUUUAAUUCAGUUGUGUACAAUAAUAAAACUUAAAGAGAAUAGAAGAGAUUUUUGGAGAGUGCAUAAAGUAGUGUUAUAAAUUCACGAGAGUGGAUGAAUGGUUAAAUCAAUCAUUUUGUUGAUGCAAAAAACAGUAUUACAUAAUAUUAAUAUAGUUCCUAAAGAGGAUAAAUUAUUUUGUUACACUGAUAAAACCAAAACACAGAAAGCACAAUAUGGAUUGUACAUGGGCUGUUUUGUGCCAUACUUUGAUUACAGAUUGUACUUUCAGAGAUUAUUGUAAAACCACAUUUUCUUCUAAUCUUCAGCUUGUUUUGAAGUGUUGACUGUUAAUACUGUUUUUACUAUGUAUACAAAAAUAAAAGUAGUUUCAGUAAA